AUGGCCGACUCAGCCUCCAACAUGGCUGUCGCCAAGGGCGAUCACGAAGCGAAGAUGAGACUCGCAGCAGCCGAGCAAACCUACGGACGAGGCAAAGGUGCCAAUGCGAAGAGUGCACGGGACAAGAAGUUGCGCGCAAAUAUCAAGAGGCAGGAAUUUAAGCAUAACCAGGCUAUUCUCCAAGCCAAGGAUGCAGAGAUUUUGCUCGAGCACUCGGAAGGUUUCCUUGAACCCGAAGGUGAACUCGAGAAGACAUACAAAGUUCGCCAAGAUGAGAUUCGGGACAGCGUCGGAAUCGAGACAGCAAAGAAGGGAUUCGAAUUGAAGCUUCCCGAUAUGGGUCCCUACCGCAUGGACUACUCACGGAACGGACGUGACCUGCUGCUGGCGGGACGGAAGGGACAUGUUGCGACGAUGGACUGGCGCGAGGGCAAAUUAGGCUGCGAGUUACAGUUGAACGAGACUGUGCGGGAUGCCCGCUGGCUGCAUAACAACCAGUUCUUCGCUGUGGCGCAGAAGAAGCACACUUAUAUCUACGACCACCAGGGAACUGAGAUUCAUUGUCUGAGCAAGCACCUGGAACCUCUUUUCUUGGAAUUCCUGCCAUAUCAUUUCCUCCUCGCAAGCGCUCAAAUGAGCGGUCACCUCAAAUACACAGAUACCUCAACCGGCCAGACCGUCGCUGAGCUAGCUACACGGUUGGGUAAACCCACCGCCCUCGCACAGAAUCCAUGGAAUGCCAUCCUCCAUGUCGGACACCAAAACGGUGCCGUAACCCUUUGGUCACCCAACUCUCAAACCCCUCUUGUAAAGGCACUCGUGCACCAGGGACCUGUCCGGUCACUGGCUAUGGAUCGCACAGGCCAUUACAUGGUCUCUACAGGCCAGGAUCAAAAGAUGAAUGUGUGGGAUAUCCGCAUGUACCGCGAGGUGCACUCAUACUCAUGCUACCAGCCCGGCGCAUCCGUGGCGAUCAGUGAUCGCGGCCUGACCGCAGUCGGCUGGGGCACGCAAAUGAGCGUAUGGCGUGGACUUUUCGACGCUGCGCAAGCCGACCAAGGCAAAGUGCAGAGCCCAUACAUGGCGUGGGGCGGAGACGGACAGCGCAUCGAGAAUGUGCGCUGGUGCCCAUACGAAGAUAUUCUUGGUGUAGGACAUGACCAAGGAUUUGCCAGCGUCCUCGUUCCCGGCGCCGGUGAACCUAACUUCGAUUCGCUGGAAGCCAACCCUUACGAGAACGUCCGACAGCGCCAGGAGCAAGAGGUUCACUCGCUGCUCACCAAGUUGCAGCCGGAUAUGAUCUCGCUCGACCCCAACAUCAUCGGAAAGCUCGAUACUAUCAACGACAAGAAGUAUCAGGAGCAGCGCAACCCGGACCACAAGCCCGAGGAUCACAUGGAGAAGAUCAAGAACCGCGGUCGUGGUCGCAACAGUGCUCUGCGCAAGUACCUCCGCAAGAAGGGUGGAAAGAACGUCAUCGACGAGAAGCGUGUCAAGGCCGAGACGUUGCGCAAGGAGUACGCUGCUCGCACAAAGGACAAGCUCAAGCAAGAACGUCAAGAACUUGGACCGGCUCUGUCUCGUUUCGCCAAAUGA